GAUGGCGCUAGUGUCGUCCCAUCUUGGUGAUCAUGGCUGCUGAAUUUGAUAGCCUUGAGAAGUGUUUGGCUAAACACCUGCCUGCCGCGGACUUAAAGACAGUUAAUCAGAUAUUAUAUGGCAGGGAAUUAAGGUCAUUAAGCCUGCCUGAAGAUGCUACGUCAUUGGCUUCUGAGAGAGACUUGGAGGUUCAGGGUUAUGGGAUUGAUGCUCACCAGGAAGAGCUGCGAGCCGCUAGAGUCGUCAGAGUUGGUGCGAUUCAGAACAAGAUAGUGUUGCCAACAUCUGCAUCAGUAGACGAGCAGAGAACUGCAUUGCACAAGAGAAUUGGACAAAUGGUGGAGAUUGCUGCCAUGUGUGGAGUUAAUGUUCUAUGCUUACAAGAAGCAUGGCCAAUGCCUUUCGCAUUUUGCACAAGAGAGAAACAUCCCUGGUGUGAGUUCGCUGAAGAUGCACUAAUAGGACCAACAACCAAGCUUUGUCAGGAAUGGGCCAAGAAGUACAACAUGGUCAUCAUUUCACCGAUUCUUGAGCGAGACGAAGUGCAUGGGGACACAAUGUGGAACACAGCUGUUAUAAUUUCAAACUCCGGUCAAGUAAUGGGAAAAUCCAGGAAGAACCAUAUUCCCAGAGUCGGGGACUUUAACGAGUCGACUUAUUACAUGGAAGGAGACACUGGUCACAAAGUUUUCGAAACCCAGUUUGGUCGCAUUGCAGUCAACAUCUGCUAUGGCCGCCAUCACCCACAAAACUGGAUGAUGUAUGGUGUCAAUGGAGCUGAACUAGUGUUCAACCCAUCUGCUACAGUGGGUACACUCAGCGAGCCAAUGUGGGGAAUUGAGGCUAGAAACGCUGCCAUCGCCAACAGCUACUUUACCUGUGCCAUAAACCGAGUGGGAACAGAACAUUUUCCUAAUGAAUUUUCAUCUGGGGAUGGGAAACCUGCUCACAAAGACUUUGGACAUUUCUAUGGUUCCACUUACGUAGCAGCACCUGAUGCCAGUCGCACGCCGGGUCUGUCCCGCACCCGUGACGGACUUCUGGUCACGGAACUAGAUCUGAACCUGUGCAGACAGAUGAAGGAUGGCUGGGGUUUCAGGAUGACCCAGAGACUGAAUCUUUAUGCAGAGUCGCUGACUGAGGCCAUUAAGCCAGACUACAAGCCACCAAUUGUCAAGGAGUGAUAAGCUGUCUGACUGUCAACUUGUCUGACAAGGAGUAACGUCUGCACAAUUAUGACUUCGUAAUUGUCUAUCCAGAGUAGACAUCAUUAUUUGGAGAUUAUGGAUUUAUGACCAAUCAUAAUAGACAGAUAAACAAUAAUCGUUAUUUCGUAUAAUAACUUGUAAUAGAUGUAUAGAACUUGAUUUUGCGUCACACUCUGUUGGUAGAUUUACACAAAAUGUGUGGAUCUUCAUAUUGUGCUGGGUUCUAAUAAGUUGACUUAUAUGUUGAGAUAAAUUAUCUGUAUUAAACAUCACUGCAAGAUGUUGCUAUUAGGAAAGUGAUAUAAAACACGAUCAAAUGUGAUUUCCGAGAGAUUUGGAAGCAUAAUAUGCAGUAUCACUAAUCAUGGUACCUUGUCUACUUUUUAAACUGACAGGAAGAAGUGAAGGCACCGUCCGUUUUUGUGAUAGAUAAUAAUGCCGGGUAGUCUUUACAAUUGCCCGAGUGCUUCCAUGAUUUCGCGUGAACCUUAUUUUUAAUACAUUCAGCACCGUAGGAAGAUAACUGUAAUAUGUACGACAGACAUAUAUUCUGGGUCAGGAGCAGUUUUAAGUUGUACCUUGCAUAUAGAGUAAUCAAUAUGAUUUUAGAAGGUUAUAAUGCUGUUAUCAUUAGCAACAUAUCAACAACCAGUUUGGCCUGUUGUAAAGUGAAAAUAUGCCAUUUGCUUUUUACCUUAAUAUUGCUCUUGGACACACAGACUUACAGUUAACUAUGAACUGCCUUAGAAGCCAGCUGCAUUACAUGCUUGGUCCUUUACUUCCCACAGAUCUGGAGGCACCUAUGGUAGUCGCUCAAUGGUAUUAAUGUUGUUAUGUAGUAUAUUAAAAAAGUUUAUAUAGAUAAUAAUGGUAUUAUAAUUUGUGAAGAGCGUAACCUAGUAGUCAAGCUAUAUUAAGGGGAGUUGUUGAGGUGUUAAUAAUUUGCCACAAGUGGACACAGCAGAAAUGAAAUAAAAUCGUGAUUCCGUCA